AUGUUUAACGAGAUGUCGGACAAACCAGAGGUUGAGGCUGUGCCUGCGGUGUCGUUUUUCGACCCUGCGCUGAAGGAGGUUCGACGCCGGGUGUACUAUCAGUGGUGUCGCACUUUGUCCAUUCUCUGCAUCUUCGUGCUGGCCGUGCUGUCCAUCUUCUGGGGUUCGCAAUAUAGCACCGAAAGCAAAUAUACCGAGCUCAAAGUCUGGGUCGUCGACUUUGAUGGUCAAACAGACGACUAUCGGGCAAGCAAUCCUCUUGUCGGACCUGCCGUUGUCAACACUGCAAAAGAAUUCAUCGACACGCCCGCGCUCCAUCUAGGCUACAUCAUCAAGAACGCCAGUACCUUCGACAACGACCCCUGGGCCGUCCACCAAGCAGUCUACGACGAACAUGCCUACGCCGCAGUCAUCAUCAACCCCAACGCGACAGCCCUCCUACGUGCUGCAGUCACCCAACAAAACACCAGCUACGAUCCCACCGGCGCCAUUCAAACGGUCAUCAUCUCUGCUCGCGAUGAAAACACAUACUACAGCUACGUCCUCCCAGACUUGACCACAUUCCAAAGCGCCGUCCUCGCCUCAUUCGGUCCACAAUGGAUCCAAACUCUCACCACCAACAAAACAAACCUCACCACCAUCCCCCCACAAGCCAUAAACCCAGCAAUCGGCUUCACAAACAUCGACCUCCGCCCCUUCACACCCGCCGUCGCCGCACCAGCCGUCACAAUCGGCCUCAUCUACCUAAUAAUCAUCGCCUUCUUCAACUUCCCCUUCCUAAUGCCCAUCCACGCCCAACUAAUCAAGCCCUCCGCGGGAAACCCACCCCUAAAGAUUCCCCAAUGGCUUAUCUGGCGCAUCUGCUCCAACAUCGCCGCCUAUUUUUUCCUGAGUUUCUUCUACAGUCUGGUUAGUUUGGCGUUUGGAAUUCCAUUUUCGAAUUCGCCAGCUCCGGAUACGGUUUCUGCGAAUAACCCCAAUGCUUAUGGAAAGGGCUCGUUUGUGGUGUUUUGGAUGCUGAAUUGGGUGGGUAUGACGGCUUUGGGGUUGCCGUGUGAGAAUAUGGCAAUGGUGCUUGGGUUCCCGUGGAGUUCAUUUUUCUUGAUCUUUUGGGUUAUUACGAAUGUGGCCACCGGGUUUUAUGCGGUGGAGUUGGCGAGUGUUUUUUAUCGGUGGGGGUAUGCUUGGCCGUUGCAUCGAAUUGUUGAGGCACUCCGGACUAUCUUGUUCGGGACGCAUUCGCGGAUUGGACUCGAUUUUGCGGUCCUGUUUAUUUGGAUUGCGGUGUCGAUUGCGUUCUUCCCGGUUGCGACCUUUAUUAUGCGGUGGAAGAUGAAACGGGGGUUGGCGUGA